GAGGAGGCGCCGGAGGGAGGCGGCUGCGGGCAGCAGGACGUGAAAAUCUGAGAAAUGAACAAAUUACGGCAAAGCUUUAGGAGAAAGAAAGAUGUCUAUGUCCCAGAGGCCAGCAGGCCUCAUCAGUGGCAGACUGAUGAAGAAGGCGUUCGUACUGGCAAGUGUAGCUUUCCUGUUAAGUACUUGGGACAUGUUGAAGUGGACGAGUCCAGAGGAAUGCAUAUCUGUGAAGAUGCUGUGAAGAGGCUAAAAUCUGAAAGGAAGUUCUUCAAAGGCUUCUUUGGAAAAUCUGGGAAGAAAGCCGUCAAAGCAGUCCUUUGGGUUUCAGCGGAUGGACUCAGAGUUGUAGAUGAGAAAACAAAGGAUCUUAUAGUUGAUCAGACAAUAGAGAAGGUUUCUUUCUGCGCACCAGACAGGAACUUUGACCGGGCAUUCUCAUACAUCUGCCGCGAUGGCACAACGAGACGCUGGAUCUGCCACUGCUUUAUGGCUGUGAAGGACACGGGGGAAAGGUUGAGUCACGCCGUGGGCUGUGCAUUUGCAGCAUGCCUGGAGCGAAAGCAGAAGCGAGAGAAGGAGUGUGGAGUCACUGCCACCUUUGAUGCCAGCAGAACCACAUUCACUAGAGAGGGGUCAUUCAGGGUCACUACAGCUACUGAACAAGCAGAGAGAGAGGAAAUUAUGAGACAGAUGCCGGAUGCUAAAGCAGUUGAAACAGAAGUGAAAACAGUAGCACCAGGUGCUGCACCAAACAAUACUGCCCCCUCUUCUGGCUCACCAACCUCUCCUACUGCCGAAGUUGCUGCCUCUCUGGAUAAAGAAAUGAGCAACCCCCACGCUAUCCCACGGCGGCACGCCCCUAUAGAACAGCUUGCCAGGCAAGGGUCUUUCAGGGGCUUCCCCGCCCUCAGCCAAAAGAUGUCUCCUUUUAAACGCCAGUUGUCUUUGCGAAUAAAUGAGCUGCCUUCAACGGUGCAAAGGAAGACUGAUUUCCCCAUGAAAAACUCAGUCCCAGAGGUAGAAGGGGAAACAGACAGCAUUAGUGCCCUGUGCUCUCAGAUCACCAGUGCUUUCAGCACACCAUCAGAAGAUCCUUUCUCUUCGGCCCCCAUGACAAAACCAGUGACAGUAGUUGCACCACAGUCUCCUGCCUUUCAAGUUAAUGGCACUGCCUCUGCCUUCUGUGUGCUUGCUGCUAAACCAUCCCAAGCUGCUGUAGUGUCCACAGCUAUUCCAGUUCGUGAAACCAAUCCUUGGGCUCAUGCUCCUGCUGCUAAUACUGGAGCUGCAGCUGUGGUUGCUGGCACUGAAUGGAGCAACACCUCCUCAGGUGCAGCCUCACCAAGUCUCUUCCAAGGAAAUCACAGACGUACUCCCUCAGAGGCAGACCGCUGGUUGGAAGAAGUCUCAAAGACUGUCAGAGCCCAACAGCAGCCAACCUCAGCCCCAGCCCCGCAGCCACUGCUCCAGCCUCCUCCAGCAGCUCCAGCCUCCCAGUCAGCACCAGCCUUCCCAGUCAGCACCUUCAUUGCGCCUCAGCCCGUGCCGGUGGGCGUGGUACCGCCCAUGCAGCCAGCAUUUAUUCCAGCUCAGCCUUAUGCUGUAGCAAAUGGGAUGACCUAUGCAGCCCCAAGUGUCCCUGUGGUCGGGAUCACACCUUCCCAGAUGGUGGCCAACGUCUUUGGUACUGCCAGCCACACUCCAGCGGCCCACCCGCAUCAGUCCCCCAGCCUGGUGAAGCAGCAGCCGGUCCCUCAGCACGACGGCAGCAGCGCCACUGCCAGCCCCUUCUUCCACCCGCCCGCGCAGCACAACGGCUCCGCCGCCUUCAACGGCGUGGAGGGGGGCAAAUGGGCUGCCGAGGACAAGCAUUCGCAGCCCCCCGCGCCCGCCCCGCAGGUCGACCCCUUUGAGGCACAGUGGGCAGCUCUGGAGGGCAAGGCAAAGCAGCGCACCAACCCCUCCCCCACCAACCCCUUCUCCAGUGACCUACAGAAGACAUUCGAGAUCGAACUUUAAGCGGUCCCGAGGGGGGUGGAUAAUUGUACAUUAGGAUAGAGGGAUAAAGGGAGCUGAGGGGACUGUUUGUGAUCGGUUUGCUUUGAUAAUCCCAAAGGUCCCUGAAAAUAAAAUGGGUUAGAAAGAGGGAGCGGUUACGGGGAGGAUGGAAACGCAUGGAGAGGAUUUAAUGUGCAGUUCUUAAAAGGAAUCCUGGAGCCAACCCAGUCUGCACUCCCUCCUCUCUUGGAAAGCUGGAAGUCAAAUGGAGCAAAGAAAGGCACCCAGUCCCAAAGCCUGUUCUGCAGAAACAUCAAUCAUCUCACGGAAAGGAAGGCAGAUGUUUGUACCUGUGUCCUCCUGAUGCCCUGCAAGCCCUGGA